AUGGAGAUGUUCAUUUUCUUGGACCAGAAGAAUCCGACGUGGCACGGAAUGUUGGAAGAACAAGACGAUGACAUUAGCAUCAACUCUGAUUCCGACUACCAGAAACAAGAAGAUGAACCUGAGGAAGUCUUUUACGAAGAUGGGUCUGCGCCGGGUGACUACCAGGAGGACGGUGACAUUGAUGGCGAAGGCAGCGAUUCCACAUAG